CACGACAAUGAGAGGGUGUGCGGCGAGGCGGAGGCGGCAACAGUGACCAGUCAAAAGAAGAAGAAGAGGAAGUAAGGUGAGUGUGAGCGAGCCUAGCACGGAGCCAUGGUGGACUACAGCAAGUGGAAGGACAUUGAGAUAUCAGACGAUGAGGAUGACACUCAUCCUAACAUUGACACACCGUCCCUGUUUCGAUGGCGGCACCAGGCCAGACUUGAGCGAAUGGCAGAGAAGGAGAAGGAGUUGGAGGUGGUAAAAGGAGAAAAACAAAAGUAUGAGAAAGAAGUCAAGGAGUUAAAGGAAAAGCUUACUAAGUCCAAAGAUUCUGGCAUGGAAGACAUGUCCAAACUGCAGCAGGCACUUUCUGAAUUGGAAAAGAAAGGAGAGAAUUUAGUUAAGAAACAGAAGGAAUUGGAAAAGAAAGAAAAGCUUGAGCCAUGGAAUGUUGACACCAUUAGCUGUGAUGGUUUUAGCAAGACAAUAAUCAAUCAUCCACCUUCAAGAAAGGAUGAGGACCUAUCAGAAGAAGAGAGAGAGAAGCGUAUGAAAGAGUUUGUUAAGAAAAAUGAAGCCAAUAUCAAGAAAUAUGGCAUGUACAGAAGCUUUGAUGAUUCUAGGCGAUUUCUAAUGGAACACCCGGAACUGGCUUGUGAAGACACUGCCAAUUAUCUGGUGGUGUGGUGCAUCAACCUGGAGAUGGAAGAGAAACAUGACCUUAUGAAACAUGUAGCCCACCAGACCAUCUGUAUGCAAUUCAUCUUGGAACUCGCCAAGCAGCUUGAGAGAGAUCCACGUUCCUGCAUAUCUGCAUUUUUCCACAGAAUCCAGCAGGCUGAAAUUGAGUACAAGACAGCUUUUACGGAUGAACUUGAAGCCUUCAAAGAUCGUAUCAGAAAACGUGCUGCUCAGAAACUAGAAGAGUUGAUGAAGGAGGCAGAGGAGGAGGAGCGGGAGCAAAGACUUGGUCCAGGUGGUCUUGAUCCUGUUGAGGUGAUGGAGACGCUGCCAGAGGAGUUAAAAGAAUGCUUCCUGAGUCAGGAUGUGGGACUGUUGCAGAAGACAAUAGAGAAAAUGGAUCCUGAAGAGGCAAAAUACCACAUGAAGAGAUGUGUUGACUCGGGGUUAUGGGUACCUAAUGCCAAUGAGAGUAGUAGUGCAGACAAAGAUGAAGCUCCAGCUGAGUAGAAUGCAGUUGUCUGCUACAUUUAUCUUGGGUAAUUUCCUCAUUAAGUGUGAAUGAUAUGAAAGUUGAUGUUGAGUGCAGAGAACAAUUAUAUGGCUUUUUUUUUUUUACAGAAGUGUGCAAUUGGAUUACUUUUAUAAUGUACAAAGUAAAUUUUUUGUCUACUUUAUUGAAAAAGUAAAAAUGUUUUGUGGAUGAGCGGGAUAAACUUAAUGCCAUGCAUCAGAAAUGACUGUCUUGAAUUUUUAUAAAGUUUAGAUUCAUGUGUAUGUAUGUGUCAUUGGCCCUGUUUCCCUUAGAGGUAGGGUCGGUCUGUAAUAAGGUACUCUGAAGUAGUUGAAGGUGACUCAGUUCUCAUACACAGCUUCUUGCACUACAGGAACAUUUGUUUUUGUUUUAUAACACAUUGUGGUACAUGGAGAACUUCACAGAUCCUACAUCUUGGGAAUUAUAUUAAAAGGCCAUGUGACCACUUUGCUUAACCAAUUUAACAAGGACGAUACAGAAUGCUUGACCUCCAACCUUGCAGUUAUUUCUGAAUGGGGCAGAAGGAACUUAUAGUCUAGCUCAGCUAAAUGUGCAGUUGUGUCUGCGCCCUCUGAGGAACAAGUGGGAGUACAGCAUUGCCAUGUUUUUAACUCCACGUUGGUUGCCUCUCUCCCUCUCUCUCGUGGCAUUACCGCCACGAGGAUUUGAAUGUAUUUUUUUCUUAUUUACGUCAGCUUAUUUUAACGUACAUUCCUUCACGAUAUAAUCUAAAUAUAAUUGUGAAACUACUUACACAUCCCAAAAUGAAAGGGAAACUCAAUGAUAAGUAUAGCAUUUUUUUUUUUAGCAACACUAAAAUAUGUAUGCCACGUUUCUUUAUAUGCUUAUAAAUAUCUUGUCCAUAAUGCGUUAACUGUUCUUUCAUACGUUAUAAUACUAAGACUAAAUGUGUAUGCAUAUUUGCUGAUCAUAUUUGCCUUGGUUUUACUUAUAUUAGAAAAUUUCUACAUCACGGGCUAGGAGACACGCGGCAAGGCUGUACAAGGGGACCCCCUACGCUGAACACCCCCACAACCGCACGUUUAGCCAAGCCAAACAAUAAUGCCCUUCAAUGCCUCAGAAACUCAAUUUGUCCACCUGUUAGCUUGAUGUAAUCUUCCAAACAGCUAUCCCCUAGUCCUUGAUAACACUCGUCCCCUUCUUCAAAAUACACAUUAUUGGCCUAUCCUUAACUCAAAAUCUUAACUGGAAAUUUUAUAUUUCCUCUCUUGCUAAAUCAGCUUCCAUGAGGUUAGCCAUACUGUAUUGUUUCCACCAAUUUCCCCCCUCAGAUGCUGUUCAUAUACUUGGGCCUUGGCUGCCCUUGUAUAGAGUAUGCAUCUUGUGUGGAAGGGGCUCCUUGCACAACCCUUUUGGGCAGAGUAGAGUCAAAGGUUCUUAAUCUCAUCAGCUCUCUUCCUCAUACUAAAGGUCUCUAACCUCUCUGCAGCAGCAUUCUCUCACUUUGUAUCUUCUAUUGAUAUUUUCAUGCUGACUGCUCUUCUAAACUUGAUAACUGCAUGCCUCCACACCUCCUGUGGCCCCACAUUACACUACUUUCUACUUUAACUCAUCUAUGUGCCAUCCAAAUUCUUAAUUUGAUAUACUUAUCAAAGGGAGAACCUUUACUACUGCAACCUGCUUUGACUAUAGUCAUUUGGAGUUAGAAGCUGAUCCCCAAAAAUUACGGUUACUUAGAGCACUUGCCACAGCCCUGCCUCUGUGGAAAGAGGAAUCAUCAGUGGGGGUUAUAGUAAAUAUAUGAAUGCAUCAUAAGAGGACAUUGAGAUACAUUGCUUCCUUGAUAAUGAAGGUUGAGGUUAGCAACUAUAUCUACCCUCAGUUUAUGUUUUUCCUGUCAUCGGUGCAAAUAAAAAAAAUAUGCUCACUUCAGCCCUGUCUGCAAAACUAGAUCACUCAUGGUGUGUGUGUGUGUGUACAGUAAAAUCUCACUUUAACAAACCACUUUGGGGAAAGUGGUUGAUGUUACAUUAAAAAGUCUGUUAUAUCCGAGGAAUCCAAACUUUUCACAUAUGGUGAACUUUGUUUGUUAUAUGAGCUGAAAGUUCGCUAUUUCUGUUCGCUACAUCUAUGUGUAUAAGAAAGUUUGUUCACUAUAUGAAAGAUGAGGCACAGAAGGAUGAUCAGGGUUGUUUACAGUCGGGCAGACAAAGUUAGACUGACUAGAUGCACCACCCAGUCGGCUUUGUUUCCUUCGGCACCAGCUGAUGUGCUUGUACAUGUUUGACCAGCCCACCACCAAACUGAACCCCACACUUAAUGAACUUGUUUGGUAAAUCUCUGCAUAUACCAGACUGGACCAAAAAGUUUUAAAGCUGAAAUUUGUUAUGUGAAUGUAUGUACAAGGGAGGGUUUACUGUGUGUGUGUGUGUGUGUAUAAUAUAUAUAUAUAUAUAUAUAUAUAUAUAUAUAUAUAUAUAUAUAUAUAUAUAUAUAUAUAUAUAUAUAUAUAUAUAUAUAUAUACAUACAUAUAAACUGAAUGUAACACGUGACCUCUGAUGUCUGGCACAUCAUGAUUUAGUGUGAUAUAAAGAAAGCCUUAAGUAUUCAUUAAUGAGUCACAUAAGCAUUUGCCUGCUGUGGGAACAUUGCAUCACCUCAAUACACAAAACAUUUUUCUGGUAAUGGAAUACAAGAUUAGUUUGAGGCCCAAUAGACCUCUUUCCACAUACCUUACAUGUAUGUAGCGCUUGUGCAUGUUUACACAUAAAUUACACUUGCACAGUGUUUCUUUUAAUUGUCAGCUUUGUCAGUCAUUAAAGUCUGGGAAAUUU